CAGAGCUCUCUCCCUUGGAAGCUCUCUUUCUCGCCCUCUGGCCUCUGCAACAUCUCUGUGCUCUCUCCUCCAUCUCUGCCUGUUAUUCUAGACCCAAUACAGGUGGCCUUGAGGCCUUACCUUUACCUUGCCGAUCCCAGGGGCGAUGGAGCAGGGGAUGGCUGAUCUGCACCUGGGCGAGUUCGAGUUCUUCAAGAUCCUGCUCCCCGGGAUGUCCAAGAAGAAGCUGAGGCUGCCCGCUAAGUUUGCGGGGGAGCUCGGGGAACACCGGGACUCGAAGCUGCGGCUCGCUGGAGCAGGGCCCCUGUGGGACGUGGACGUCGUCUCCAGCGGCGACGGCGUGUACCUCGGCCGCAGCUGGAGACAGUUCGCCAGCGCCCACGACCUGCUGGAGGGGCACCUGCUCGUCUUACGCUACGACGGCGCCGGCGUGUCCACCGUCACCGUCUUCGACGGGAGCACGUGCCGCAAGCAAUACCCGCACACCGCCGCCAAAAUCUUCUGCCCAUCACCAGGUAGCGGAAGCAACAGCGGUGGCGCCGGCGCUGGCGGAGGCUCGCCGUCCAUCGCCGAUCCGUCGCAUCUCGCCGUGACACUGAGGCAGUGCAACCUUGGGACGAAGCAAAACCAGUACCUGAACGUGCCCGUCGAGUUCCAGGACGCGCACGGGUACGCGCGGCGGCGCCGGGUGUUGCCGCGGAUGGGCGGCCGGUCGUGGGCCGUGAACCGGAAGCGCGGCAAGCGGGUGCUCGGGGACCGCACGGAGUUCAAGUACGGGUGGCACCAGUUCUGCGUCGACAACGGCCUCGACCUCGGGGACACCUGUUUCUUCCGGGUGAUCCGCGAGGGCAGCGCCGGUGACGGCGAGGAGGAGGACGACCACGUGCUCAAGGUGGAGGUGCGCAAGGACGGCACCUUCGUCGCUUGAUCGGAUCGAUCGAUCGCUUACGUCGACCAACGCUGAUGAGUAACAAUCUAGCUAGCGAACUGCCCCUUGUGUUGUAAGAGCAAUAUAAUUGUUUGCGAGUAAGAUGAUCUCUGAUAUCCAUGCAUGCGUCACUGGGCUUGAUGGAAUCAGAUGAACAUCAUAAAAGCAAGUGCCUUGGUGAUUAAAUUCCUAAUGGUUGACGAUCUUGGCUUGGCUAUUGGUUC